UUUACCACGGUGAGAGCUCUCACUCCCACUCAAAUUUCGUUUCCCGCUAUCAAAGCGAAUGGAUGUGUACGGCUCCGCCGACUGGUAGCUUUCGGCAAUGUUGUUAUCAGAAUGAUAUCGCAGCGGGGAAGCGGGGAUUUCGCUCGUUUUUACACCGUCACGGAUCCCACGAAGCACCGCAAAGGCUACACGGUUUACAAAGUCACCGCGCGGAUAAUUUCUCGGAAGAACCCAGAGGACGUCCAAGAGAUAACUGUAUGGAAAAGGUACAGCGAUUUUCGGAAACUUCAUCACAACCUCUGGCAGCUACACAAGAAUGUUUGUAGCCAAUCAGAACUUUUUCCUCCCUUCGCCAAGGCUAAAGUGUUCGGUCGCUUUGAUGAAUCGGUAAUAGAGGAAAGAAGACAGUGCCUGGAGGAUCUGCUGCAGUUCUCCGCGAAUAUUCCCGCUUUGUACAGCAGUCAGCACAUCCAAGAGUUUUUUAAGGGAGGCGAAGUCCACGACGGGUCGGAACUCAUCGGACCGUCCGAGCCUUUCUCCGACUUCCUUGCUGACAGUUUGUCAGACUGUAGCUCGGAUGUGCAACGUGACCUCAGUUGUGCUGAAGAUUUGACAAUCACAUCCGAGUAUGGAGGGCCGUUCAGCGACAGCAGCGACUUGAACUCCCUGGCUGUGGAUACCGACUCUUUAACCGGGCUAGACGAUGGCAUGGCCUCGGGUCGUGCCUCCCCGAAUCAGCCGCACGGGGGAGCCGCCAGUGUUAGCAGCAGCAGCAGUAGUCCUCGCUUGCCCUCCCUGCAUGACCAUCGUCGCACCCCGUCGCCCGCUUUCGGUUCCCCCUCCCCGAAGCCCGAGGUCAGCCGGCCCGGCCGCGUGUCGCUGUUCUCCAAGAAAAGCGGCAAUCGCAAGGAGAAGCUGAAGGCAGACUACCUGGAUAAAGCCGGCGAGCUAAUCCGAGUGGCUGCGCUGAAAGAGAAGGAGCAGGACUACCAAGCGGCGUUUUCCUUCUAUAGCAGCGGCGUAGACCUGUUGCUUCAAGGUGUUCAAGGCGAGUCCAGUCCCACGCGACGAGAGGCAGUGAAGAAGAAGACCGCCGAGUACUUAAUGCGAGCAGAGCAAAUAUCCAGCCAACAUCUAAGCAGCAGCAUGGGUCAAGGGUCAGCGCAAACAGUGUUGGGUGCGCAGUGCUGUGCAUCAACCAGCAGAGGGAACCAGCAAAGUCUUUCCGAUGAUCUCAACGCUUAUAGGGUGUUGGGUAUCAUUGAUAAGGUUCUUUUGGUCAUGGACAAGAGAACGCGAGAGAUGCUGGUCGUGAAAGGUUUGAGAAAGAGCAGCGACUGCAGCCGACUCAAACAGACGGUCAUGCCUCGAUGCGUUCCCUACAUGGUGCAGCUAAAGAAACUGGUUGACACCGAGGACACCGUCUUCCUCUUCCUGCAGCACGCCGAGGGUGGAAAGCUGUGGUCUCACAUUGCAAAAUACCUGCGGAAUUCCACUCCGGAAGAGACUUUUGAUAUCCCUUUCAUCCAAAAGAGCCAUAAAGCAGCCGUACACUCGCCCCAAUUUGCCACGCCCGAUUUGGACUCUGCAAGCUCCGACCCCGUUACUGGUUCUCCGGUGCGUUUACCAAACAAGGACGUAAAAAAGCUACCCACCUCGCCUUGUAUGAGUAAACUCUCCACCCGGUUUACCAAAACGGUCACACCACACUUAGACUCAGGCGCCACCUCUGAAGAGGAGUGCACCAACAGUUAUUUAACGCUUUGCAACGAAUACGAGCAAGAUAAAGUGGAACCGGACGCUCUGGAAGAAGACGAAGCGAGAAGCGAGGAAGUGUCGCUGGACGCGCCGACGGCUUCCUCGCUUCUGAGCAACGACAGCCUUUUCGACGAUCGCGGCGAAGGGCCGCACCCGCUGUCUCCGGAUCAAUCCAAACACACGCUAAUGGAGUUUUUCCGCAUCGACAGCAAAGACAGCGCGAGCGAGGUGACUUGCUUAGACUGGGCAGAUCAACAGCAGCCGCCCGACUUUCUGACAUCCGACGUCGUCGAAGACCUUCCGGAGCUGGCUCUGGAGGUCAAAGGUCACAGUGCACACCUUUGGGGCUUAGAUUACAGCGAUAAAGACUCCAACGAGUCAGUGCCGGUCAUUUCUUUUAAAGAGGCGGUCGAUGAGGAUGAGGGUCACCCGCCGGACCUUUUGGUCAACCUGCCUUUAAUGAACGCGGCCGUGGAAUCUAAACGAGAGGAAUUGGAAACGUCCGCGCCGCGUGCAGGCCUUGAGGUCGCGACUUCGCCUCAAAGGUCCAUCAAGCCGGAUGUUUUACUGCUUCCUAGCCAGCCGGAGCCUGAAGAGCAGCAACCUUCGUCUUUGUGUGAAUCUUCAGACGCCUUGACCUCACUGUGGGAUGACUACAGCUUGACUUUUGGACAAAAAGACAGCGAACCAGAUGAACUUUCAAGCCAAAAUAAUGACUCUUUGCUGGAUCCGAGCCUAACAGAGGCAGCUUCACUUAAUGAAAAAGCAAUUCACACAGACGGAAAAGCGAACAUUGAACCUCAGGCUCGUGAGAAAUCACCAGUUACGCCCAACAGAGUUGAACUAGACGAAGUGUCGCGGCUGUUUUCAGAGCUGGAUGAGUUGUCGCUCGCCGUAUCGCACGCUCGGAUUCCGGAGGCGUUUGUUCGAUGUUGGGCCGUAGAGAUGGUGACGGCGCUGGAUUGUCUGCACCGGGAGGGCAUCGUUUGUCGGGACCUCAAUCCUAGUAACAUCUUGCUCGAUCGACAAGGGCAUGUUCAGCUGACUUACUUCUGUCGCUGGAGUGACGUGGAAGAGUCGUGCGAUAAAGAGGCCUGUGAGAACAUGUACUGCGCACCAGAGGUGGGAGGCAUUGGCGAGGAGACGGCAGCGUGCGAUUGGUGGAGUUUGGGCGCCAUCCUCUUCGAGUUGCUGACAAGCACAUCGCUGCUCCAGUGCCAUCCAGCAGGAAUCGGGCGACACACGGCGCUUAACAUCCCCGAGUCGGUGUCCGAGGAAGCCAGAUCGCUACUGGAACAGUUGCUGCAGUACAACCCUACGGAAAGACUCGGCGCGGGAUUGGCCGGCGUGGACGACAUCAAAUCCCACCCCUUUUUUGCCAAAGUGGACUGGACCAAGUAGAACUCCCCCCUCUUCCGCAGGUGCAUGCUGGGAAACAGGCCAUCACUUUUACACUCCAUGUAGAAAUAGGAGGGGGGGGGGAGAACAAAAAUCCACCCACACAUUGAAUUGUUGAAUUGCCAAAUAGCAGUGUUAUGUACAGUUACAAUAAUUUCUUUAUGCAUCCGUGAUGAACAACUAAACCCUUGUUAGAUUUUCCUCGUGUUGUUGCCGUUAUACUUACGACUCAAGUGCACUGACAUUUCAGUCCCGAAACACUUAAAACCCCAAACUACUCUAUUUUUUAAAUGCCGCCACUUGCAAUAUCAGGGGUUUACUAUGCAAGGGGUGAAACAAGACUAAGUAGUAGGUGGGCAUUAUUAUUAAUGGGCUAAAAUUCUGCAUUGUAAUGAAUUAAGGAAGCAGGUUUUUGAAAAGCAGCUCCUUUUUCUAGAACAAACUGGACUAAGCACUGAAUUAAUGUAAAUAUAGUGUAAGUUUUACAUUGAGAAAAAAAUGAUGAACACUAGCAGCUGAACUCUAUAGUCAACAUUCCAGUGAUGUUGUCAUGUCAUAUGUGCACAUUAACAUUGGCCUCCAUUGACGGCGAUAGACAGAGGCUAUGCAGUCAAAAUGGAUCAGACGUCUACCGCCGUCAAUGGUAGCCGAUGACUUGCAAACGCAGCGCUGCAAGGUCCGUAUCCGUUUAUGCGUUAUGUGGUCCUUUUCUGUACCAGUCAAACUAUACUGACUACAGUGAUGCAAACAAUAAAUACACCUGAUCGAUUUAUGCAGUUUUGCUUCUUUUGAGCAGCACACUUAUUGAAAUGUCCCACAACAUAUCGGUAAGGGAGCGUCACCGUGGUGACAGUACAUGCCUUGAUUAAUUGACUAAAUCACAAUGAAUCUGUUUUCAUGCAGACCUUCAUUUAAAAAAAAAAUAAAUUUUUUUUUUGAGUUGACGGAGAAUAUCAGCCGAUAAAAGCAUUUCAAAUAAUAUCGGAAAAUAUCGGUAUCGGUUUUGCACGAGUAUGCUGGGUUAUAUAAUUUAAUGUAUAGCCUAAAUAAAGGCUUUGUGCAUGGGCUGGUCACAUCGUUGCAUAGUGGCUGUGCAUACACUGACCUUAAGAUGUCUCCAAUCUAAGAUCUUUGGGAUUUGUUAACUGAGGGAAAGACCCUAAUCACUCAUGGUGCACAAAAAUAAAAUGAACAAUCAAUGAAAAAUAAUGAAUGAAUAAACUCAUUGCAUAUCACUACUGUGUUACCAGAAGGAAAUAGUCACUAAGAAAAGUAACAAACACAUGAUUAAACAUCUGUGCAAAAGCCCAGCAAAUUGCAUCUUUUGAAUAGUCAUUUCCUGCCUGUAUUUGUAAUGCUUUGGUCUCCCCGUGGUUGUUCUUUGGGGCAACUAGUAUAAACGCAAAUUAUUUGUGAAUUAUUCCUUUUAUUUAAAUGCGGACAUUUUGGCUCAUUUCAUUUUCUUUAUACGGAACAUUAUUUUGGCACUGUUCUUCAGUUGAAUUUGUUCCUUUUUUCACAGAAUGUUUAUUUUAUUUGGAAAUCGUUCAAGUUGUUACAUUUAUCAUUAUUAAGGCAUCGAGUAGGGCAUCACAAUACAAUUGGCAAUAAUAUUUUAAGUCCACCACUGCAUGUAUCGGUAUCGGUUUGAUAUCGGUAAUGGAUUUUGGAGUUGGACAACAUUGGGAUAUCUGUUAUCGGUUAAAAAGUCAUUAUCGGCCAACUCAUAUGUAUUAAUAGACACUGUAUACAGUAUAUAUAUUUCAUUUCUUUAAAGCAACACUUUUCAACUUUUCAACCUGUAUAAAUUAUUUUCAUUUGUGAUAAUAUGUCGACUGACAACUAGUUGAAUGACACCUCUUUUAUAUCUUGAGGGGGUCUGUAUCGCUUUCACUGGUACUAACUAACUUUGAGGAGGAACCCUUAUAGUUAGGAGUAGCAGGAACCCUGCUGCACACAAAAAAAAACUACAAAUGCGCUGACUUCUUUACAGCAUACUUCACUCCCCCCUUUUCCCAUUCAUUAAAAAGACGGAAGUCGAUGCGAAUGCUAUCGUGUGAAUUCUGCGAAGAUGGCAGAGCUGAUGGGGGGGUUAGCCACACGGUUGCUAACCGUCAUAUGCUAUUCUUUAGCCACAACUGCAUUCAUUACCUUAUUACAAUUCAUCCUUCACACAGCAGCUGGAAACGGAAAUGUUGCUUAAUCCAUCUGCAGGCGACCGGGCGAUUGAUUUUUGAUUGAUUGAUGAUUUUACGAUACUGUGCGGGUGUCUGCUGGUCCUCAUGGGAAACGCUGUCUUCCUUAAGGCAAAACACCGCAGCUUUUGUCCACUGGCGUCGCUAAAAUCGACCAAAACUGAAAAGUUCCUAAGUCUCGCUUUAAAUAAAUAAAUAAAUAAAAAAUUGGGAAAAAACAGUGAGUAUCCUUGUUUUACCUUUUUAAAAUGUAUGUAAAAACAAAUAUUUAUUAGACCCGAACAAAGAUCUCAUUUUUGUAUAGUUGAAGACAGGGGCGGACUGGGACUAAAAAGCAGCCCUGGACUUUGACUCAGCCCAGCCCACAAGAAUCGCUUUACGAAGGGAAACAGACCCCCUAGGGGUGUCCGGGGGCAUACCGCCCAACCCCCCAACCCCGGGGAGAAUUUUUAUUUAUUUAUUUUUUUUACAUUUUAUUGUAAAAUGCAUCAAUUUCUUGCACUUUAAGAGAAAAUGAAGAAAAUAUGUCUAGACUGUCACUGUUUGGGUGGCACGGUGGCUUAGUGGUUAGCACAUCUGCCUCACAGUUCUGAGAUCAAGGGUUCAAUCCCGGGCUUCGGCCUUCCUGUGUGGAGUUUGCAUGUUCUCCCCGUGCCUGCGUGGGUUUCCUCCGGGAACUCCGGUUUCCUCCCACAUCCCAAAAACAUGCAUGGUAGGCUGAUUGAACACUCUAAAUUGUCCGUAGGUAUGAGUGUGUGCGUGAAUGGUUGUAUGUCUCCUUGUGCCCUGUGAUUGGCUGGCAACCAGUUCAGGGUGUCCCCUGCCUACUGCCCGUAGUUGGCUGGGAUAGGCUCCAGCACCUCCGUGACCCUCGUGAGGAAAAGCGGCAUGGAAAAUGAAUGAAUGAAUGUCACUGUCUGACUUGGGGCACUCAAAGUACUGCAAGGCUGAACUGGAGUUGGGUUCAUUUUCUGUACUAGCUCUAUGAUAGACCUAAAUAAACAAAUGAAAGAAUGUAUUUUUCAAAGCAAGUUUUAAGUAUUCGGGCAAAUUCCACAUUCUGAAACUGUCAAUGAUUAUGAUGAUGAUGACAAUGACAAUAAAUUCAUUCAUUCAUGUAUCCGAUUGAUUAUAAUAUAUCUCUAUAUAUCUCUGUCUAUAAAACAAUUUCAUUGUUUAUGCCAUAAUUCAGUGGUCUCCAAACUAUUCCACAUAGGGCCGCAGCGGGCACAGGAUUUCAUUCCAACAAAACAAGACAACACCUAUGCACCAAUCUGGUGUUUUACAAGUGUAAUCAGUUGAUUGCAGUCAGCUGCUGCUUGUUUUAGCAGAAACUUCAUUGGUUAAACUGUCGGUACUCGAUCGGUUGAAAGAAAAACCAGGCCCCACAGUGGCCCUUGAGGACCGGUUUGGAGACCCCUGCCAUAAUUAAUCUUGCCAUACAAAUAAUAAAUUUCAAUGAAAAUACAAUAAACAUUUCAAGACAAAUCCUGUAUACAUAACCUUCAUUGGAAAGUAUUAACCAGAAAACAAAACGAUAUAUAAAUGAUUAAAAAUAUAUAUCAAUUUAACUACCUAAACUGUAAAGUAAAACCAUUCAUUUUAUUAAUAUUUUGUUAUAUUUCUUCUGAAUUAAUAUUGCUGCUGCGUGUGCAUACGUUGUUUUACAGCUAAAAUAUUUUUUCUUAGGAGAGUGAUAGUAGGACUAGCAUAUUGUAACUUGACACGAUUGCCAACGGGUACAUCGACUAGCUGGCACUAACCCUUUAAUUGUCGUUUAUUUCAUUUAAAAUGUACCUACCUGGUGGAUAACAAUUGCCAGUAUACCGAACAAGUGACCCUCUUCAUCCAUUUUUACUUGCUCUGCGCUUGUCUGGGGAACUUCCCUCUCGAACUUCCACCAGCUUAUCAUUACCCCCUCCCUCUUUUUUUCUCUCUCCCUGAAUCGGCUGCGCGUCAGAGCGGCUGCCGCUCCCCCUCUCACGCCGGGAGUGGGCUGCUGUUACCCGACGUGGCCGUUGCAGCCAGACUGCUGCUUGCGAAAAUAUUUGUCAACUUAUGACAUUUUGAUGCUUCGCUCUCCAGUUUCUUUAAUUUUUUUCUUCCUAACCUUCUUCGCGCCACCCUUCUCUUUUCUUUUUUUGCCACCACCAUCCAUAUUGUGCAUUAACGCUCGUCGCCAUUUUGCUUCCACAAGGAACCAAUGAAGGCAACUUUGUGCUUCUUCCGUUCUUCUAUCAGACUGGCGAUGAACAGCCAGGCGCAUUGCUGCCACCUGUUGGAUUGGAUGCGAACUGUAGAUAAUCAGAGGCAAGGGGGGACAAAAACAGUGAUGUAUAAUGAAUGGCGGCCGCCGGCCGUCCAGGGCACCGGCCGUUCUGUGAUCCUCCAGAACCCACAGAUUACCAGUCCGCCCCUGGUUGAAGAUGUGUGAGCGCAUAUUUUCUGCUUCUAAUGUACAUCUCCAUCUAAAACUUUAAGCCUAGACAUAAGCGGAUUUACGGGGGGGCAGACCCCUCCUUGGUGGCCGAAGAGUGUCAUUGCAUGUAAUUGACUUUCCUAUACAAUAUAUGAUUUUAAAAUUAAGAAUUUUCCGGUAAAAUAUUGUCUAUAAAUGUGGUCAAGCUAUAAAACAAAAAUGAAUUAAAUGAACAAAAAAUGAUAUUUUAUCAUUAUUUUUCAAACAAAUUAUGUGACUAGCACCUUAAGCGGUCAUUUGCUUUGUUUAGCCAAAACCACCCGAGGACCAAAAAGGCAAGAUGUAUGUACUUAAUUUUUUUCAAACCUAAGCUUUCAAAAGUGACUACUGAGCAAGAACCAAAGAUUGAAAAUGUGGACCAUGAAACGUUAGAGACCACCGUCAAAAUCGUGAGCGGAGUUUCAAUUUGCCCCACUAAAGACGCUAAUUGUACAACAGAGCCACCACCGGUGUCUUGCCAAUGUAGUUACCCCCGUCAAAAAUUGUGUCCCCUGGCCGCGGGAGCGCACACACACACAUUAGUAAUGAGGGUUGUCAACUUAAGCAAUGAAUUGAAGCCAGAAAAGAGCCUCAGUUAUAUAUUUUAGACAUUGACGUUUACUAAACUGGAGAAACUCCAUACAGGACUUGAAUUACAGUAAGAGACUGGUUUAACGUUCAGUACGUACCGUAUGUUACGGUAUACGACAGUUUUUUUUGUUUUUGUUUUUGGAUAGAUGUGCCAUGUUUUAAAACCUCGUAGAUAACUACAUCACCAAAACACAGAAAUCAAGCAAAUCAGUGCAGUGCAGUCACUUCACUCAGACUGGGGUAACUACAUUGGCACAACAUCAGUAGGCAUACCAUAUUCAAUGGAUGACAAUCUUGGUGAAAAGUAUAGCCUAAGCAGUUUCAACUUAUCAUUAUAAAUAUUCUUGUAAGUUAAUUGUAUUGCUGACACUGCAUUUUGGGGUUAUCAACAUAUUGUGCCCCCCCCUGCCCCAAAAGUCAAACUCCGCCUAUGAGCCUAGAGUACUAUAACAGUGAACAAUGUGAUUUAUUUCCCGUUUGAACCCGUUUAGUCAACUAACCAGUGAUUCAGUGAUUAAUCGACUAUCAAAAUAAUAAUUUGUCACAGCCCUAGUGAUUAGCAAUUAAGUAUUCUAAAUGUCUCCCUUGGGUGUUAAGGUCAUGAUGUAACACCAAUGUUAAUGUAAUUAAUACGCACUAACCCAUCAGAUGAAGUCCACUUAACAGACUGUAUGAACUGAGUGUGAACCCUCUCACUCGAUGCUUCUGUCAACUGCAAUGACAUAUUCAUACACACGCACAGGUCAGGGAAGUUGUUAUGGGCGCCGCCUCGCCUUCCCCGGUGUCUACGGGGUCAAGAGUCCGCUCUGAUUAGCGCUCGUCAUAAGGCAGCGUCUCUCAUUAGCUCACGCGCCGGAGGUGAGAGGUUCCCUCCGGUGCCGAGGAGAAGCCUGUCAAUCUCGCGCCGGCACGGACGUGAGCGGCGUCUCCGGUGUGUUGGCGGCCUCCGCCGAGAACUCCUCCUGUGAUGUGCGUUUGAUGCCGUUUUGGGUUUCAGAGGCUCGCGCGCGGGUUGACACGAUGUGCUCAUCGGCACGGUCUCGUGAGAUGUAUUCAAAGUUGGGGAUUUACAAAGAUGUGUUUUCUCGAAUAGAUCACCCUAAAAGUAACUUUCAUAACUUUUCAUAACAUUCUUUAGUUCCUCUCAAUGUGAGAGCGGAGCUUGCACAGCAGCACCUACUAAAGUGCACACAGGCAAUGAAAGUGGGAGUGUUUUCUGUUUUGUUGGGGAGG